GAGCUAAGCCUCCUGGAACAGCAGUACAGCACAGAGCACAUAUAUUCUCAUUCACAAUGCAGCUUCUUUCAGCAGUGGUCAGCCUCCUGUUCCUCAUCUUCCCAGCUAGCCCAGCUUCGGCUCACAACAUCACAGCCAUUCUCAACAACUUCCCCGAAUUCUCCAUCUUCAAUCACCACCUCACCAAAACCCACCUGGCCGCCAAAAUUAAUCGCCAUAACAACAUCACAGUAUGCGCCAUUGACAAUGCAGGCAUGACAGCCUUCCUAUCCGCACCCAUCCCCUUCUCUGCCAUGAAAAGGUUCCUGUCUGUUCAUGUCCUCCGUGACUACCUCGGUGCCGAAAAGCUCCAGCAGAUCUCAGACGGCACCGCUUUAGCUGUCCCCAUGUUUCACUCCCGAGGAGCUAGGAAGUUUAACAUAAUUGUGCAGUAUGACGGGUCAGAAGUAACACUUAAGACCAAACUCAUGGAUGCCAAGAUUAUUGAUGCGUUGUAUGAUAAACAGCCUUUGGCGGUUUAUAAGCUGGACAAUAUAUUGUUGCCCCGGGAGCUGUUCAGAGCAAAUAUACCCAAGCCUGAAAAAAUGAAAAUUCAACAGGUUUCUCUUUCUCAAAAUCCGGCAGUUUCACAUGACUGGCCCGGAUCCCCGUCUUCUGCACAUUUAGCAGAUUCACCAUGUUCGUCAGUUUCUGCGUAUUCACCAGAAUCACUUUAUCUCGCAGAUUCACCCGAUUCGUCAGUUUAUGCAUAUUCACCGGAAUCAUCACUUUAUCUCGCAAAUUCACCCGAUUUGUCUGCGUAUCCACCAGAAUCAUCACAUCUCGCAAAUUUACCCUAUUUGUCCGCGUAUUCACCAGAAUCACUUUAUCUCGCAGAUUCACCCGAUUCGUCAGUUUAUGCAUAUUCACCAGAAUCACUUUAUCUCGCAAAUUCACCCGAUUCGUCUGCAUAUUCACGAGAAUCACCAUGUCUCGCAGCUUCACCCAAUUUGAUUUCAUCGGCUAUAUCACCCAAUUCACCUGGAUUGUCUAGUUUUACAUAUCCAGCAGAUUUGACAUAUCCUCCUCCUCCUAAUGUCUCGGUAUCUUCAUAUCCAACAGAUUCACCUCGAGUGGCUAUAUGCAAAUCCAGCAGAAUUGCCCGUAUUUCCUUUCCGCUUAUGUGUAGAUAAUUUUUUUUCGACUUGCAAGUCAGAAAAAAAAAAAAUGUUUCAAGUUAGUGUUGGCUUUAUCCUGACACAAGAUUAGCCAAACGACCUCUUAGUCUAAGGCAACUGUUGUCUAAUAAAUGUUCCAAAUCUUAGUUGUUUGUUUUAUUUUCUGGGUGUGAGCAAGUCGUGGAUCAGUAUGUUUCUUCGAUCGAUUAUGUCUUGUAAGCUGCGUUUAUGGUUUGCAAUGAAAAUUGAUCUUUUACUUUUCG